UCAUCGCCGUCCGCCAUGGAAUUAUCUCCGUCGCCAUCCGCCGGCCGUGGGGACGCGCGACACGGCGCGGAGGGGUGCUUCCCCCCUCGCCUCCUCCGGCCCUCUGCCAACGUGGACGCGCUGCCAGCCCGCAACGCGACGCCGGGCCCGUCGACGUCCGCUUCCUCGGGGUGCAGCGAACGUGGCGCCCCACUUGUGGCGCUCUCCCCAGCCGGACGCCGGCUACUUAACCACCCCCCUGCCGCGUGCGGCGGGGAGCGGGAGCAACCGGCGACUGAGUUACUGGUGAGCAAGCGGUUUGGAACUUUGGAUCAUCUAGCUACGACAAUGAAGCCCAGGCCUCUCGUCUGCGUGGCGGCGGGGGCCGCCGGGUGGGCGUGGAGGCCGAGGCCGCGCGCGAGGUCGCCGGGGGUGUCACCCAAGUGUUCCCAGGCGGCGGCGACGGCGGCGGCAGAGGGCGCGGUGCACUCGGAGCACCACCCCCGCCGCCGCGGCGUUCGCGGGGUGUUGUUCCGCCCGGUGGGGCUUCCCCGGACGGAGCAGGCCUGGAAGCUGGAGGAACGGAUCGAGAAGGUCAUCUACGCCUGCCGGUUCAUGACCUUCCUCGGCAUCGGCGGCUUGCUCGCCGGCUCCAUCCCUUGCUUCCUCAAGGGAUGGGUUUAUGUGAUGGAUGCCUUCGUCAAGUACUACCUGCACGGCGGUGGAACUGUCAGUGUCAUCCUAAUGCUGGUUGAAGCCAUUGACAUGUUUCUCAUUGGAACGGUCAUGUUUGUCUUCGGGACGGGCUUGUACGAGCUGUUCAUCAGUAACAUGGACAUGUCAUACGGCUCCAACCUCUUUGGCUUGUUCAGUCUUCCGGAACGACCCAAGUGGCUGGUAAUCCAGUCGGUGAAUGAUCUUAAGACAAAGCUGGGUCAUGUCAUUGUCAUGGUUCUACUAGUUGGCAUCUUCGAGAAGAGCAUGACGGUGACCAUCACAUCCUGUGCUGACCUCCUUUGCUUCGCUGCAUCUAUUUUCAUCUCCUCAGGUUGCCUCUACCUACUUUCCAAGCUUAAUAUAUAGCACCAAAGGAGGGAGCCAUGCCUGAAAAAAGUGUCUAUGUAUAGAAGCAAUAGGUCUGUUCUGUUGCUCUGCAACACCUCAGGUUAUGUUUGCGCAGUCAAAUAAUUAGGGAGUGUGGGGAGGGUCCCUGUACUCAUGUAUGGGUCGGCAGUUGCAGUGAGGCACUACCACUCUACAUAGUAGGAUAAUGAGAUAGAAUCAUCAUGUAUAUGUAACCUGAUGUAUAUCGUAUAUGCAAUCAAUGACUGAGAUUCUCUGCGACCAACUGAUUAACAGUGUUACCACAAUUUCAUACA